AUGAAGACUCAUCUUCUUCUCUUUCUCAUAUUCUCCUUUCUCUUAACAUUUUCCUCCGGCGAACAAUGUGGUCGUCAAGCCGGAGGAGCUCUCUGCCCCGGCGGUCUAUGUUGCAGCGAGUUCGGUUGGUGCGGCGACACCGAACCUUACUGUAAGCAGCCUGGUUGUCAAAGCCAGUGCACUCCCGGCGGUACUCCUCCUACUGGUGAUCUUUCAGGCAUCAUUACAAGUUCUCAGUUCGAUGAUAUGCUUAAGCAUAGGAACGACGGUGCUUGUCCUGCUAGAGGUUUCUAUACUUAUGAUGCCUUUAUCACCGCCGCUAAGUCUUUCUCUGGCUUCGGUACCACCGGAGACACCGCCGCGAGGAAGAAGGAGAUUGCCGCCUUCUUUGGCCAAACUUCCCACGAAACCACCGGUGGGUGGGCUACAGCACCGGACGGACCAUUCUCAUGGGGUUACUGUUUCAAGCAAGAACAAAACCCUUCCUCAGACUACUGUUCACCGAGCGCCACGUGGCCAUGCGCACCUGGCAAACGUUACUACGGAAGAGGACCGAUGCAGCUGACGUGGAACUACAACUACGGACAGUGCGGUCGAGCCAUAGGAGCUGAUUUACUGAACAACCCUGACCUUGUCUCCAACGACGCAGUGAUCGCUUUCAAAGCCGCGAUUUGGUUCUGGAUGACUCCUCAGUCUCCUAAACCGUCGUGCCACGCCGUGAUCACCGGUCAAUGGCAGCCCUCAGACGCCGACCGUGCUGCCGGGAGAUUACCGGGUUAUGGUGUGAUUACGAAUAUUAUUAACGGUGGAUUGGAGUGUGGUCAUGGCCAAGACUCUAGAGUUGCGGAUCGGAUAGGGUUUUAUCAGAGGUAUUGUAACAUAUUUGGAGUUAAUCCUGGAAGUAACCUUGAUUGUUACAACCAAAGGUCCUUUGCUUCUGUCUUCCUUGAUGCUGCUAUUUAA